AUGGGUAUUUAUCGUGCUGAAAAAUAUACUAGCACUGAUAUGUUUGAAAUGCAAAAUGAUCUUCCUGGUUGUAGUUAUAUAUGUAAAACAUCAGCUGGCAAUCAAGUUGAAUAUGUUUGUCCAAGUGGACAACAAUUAAAAUUGGCUAAUGAUCGACGAAUGUGUGUUUCACUAUUAUCAUCAUGUACUUCAGUUAAUUUUACUUGUCGCAAUGGUCAAUACCUUUCAAGACGAAAACGAAAUUUCGAUGUAGAAAUCGUCGCGCUAUACCAUAUUCUUGGGUAUAUGAUGGUCAACGAGAUUGGUAUCAAUGGUACUGAUGAACCAGCUGACUGUCUUUCAUCAAAUCGAGCAUGUCCAACUGGUCUUUGGGAAUGUGAUAAUGAUCUUUAG